AUGAUUUUUUUUAUUAUUAUUGUCAUCGUACCGUCACCCUUCCCCGACAUCACUGCUGCCACUGCUCCUGAUCCUCCCGCUGCUCCUCCUGCUGCUACUUGCUCCGGUUUCCCAUUUGAUAUCCGUGUGGCCGUUCUAGCCUUUUGCAGGGGCAUUCUGAUCGCAUCCAACUUUGAGACGCUCCCAUCCAAGGCGGACUUGCCAGAGUACUACACCAUCAUUACAAAUCCCAUUGCCUUGGAUACAAUUGAAUCCAAGUUAGAUUCGGAUUCCUACCAGUCUGUCCAAGAAAUCCUGGAAGACUUCAAGUUGAUGGAAACGAAUGCCAACACCUUCAACAAAACCAAUUCUUUGAUUGCUCAGUUCUCAACAAAGAUUCGAGUCGUUGUUGAAGAGCUUAUCGGUGCCUUCAAUGCAACGCCCUCCAAGACCGCAGAUGGUGCUACUCCGGAGGUAAACGGGCCGCCGUACAAAGAGAUACAGGACGAGCUAUUAGGUGUCAUAUACAGCAUCCUGAACGAAGUCAGAGAUUCUAGCGGUCAGAGCUUUGUUGGCGAUUUCUUCAGAUCACUUGUCCCCAAGAAAGAAUAUCCGAACUACUAUCAGAUCAUUAAGAACCCAAUUUCACUAAGAGAGAUCGAAAGAAAGCUUAAAAAUAAGAACUACCCUCCGGAUGCGAUCGUAUCCUGCUUUGAAAAUGAUAUAUUUUUGAUGCUUUCUAACUGCGCACUGUUUAAUGAGCCAACCAGCGAAGUCAUGGCCGACGCCAGGAUUCUAGAGGCCUGGUUUAUUAACACAAUGGCUAGCAAGAGAAAAGACCUUAACCAGCCACCGAGAACUCUACCACCAGAGGGGGGUCAAGAGCAAAGCCAGAUGAAGCCUGAGGACGCUGAAUCCAAACCGCCCCGUAUAACAUUGAAGAUGAACGGUCCUAAAAAGGCGGGUAGCCCCUCCUCCGUCUCCGCUACCAAUUCCCUGCAAACGACAGCAGCCUCCACGCCCGCUGCUUUUAGUACCGCCCAGUCGCCGCCGCCAGGCCCAGAAUCCCUUGGUCGAAAUCCAUUCCAGACCUCCCGGUCUCCCCAUCCGGUCGCUGCUAGCCCUUCGAAAAUCGUAUCAGAAAAGUCUCUGUCUCCAGCAAUAGUCACACCUCAACCACAACCCUCUGCUCCUCAAAUUCCAAUCGUGAAGCCUGAUCAAAAACUCCCUCAGUAUGCGGAUUUCAGAUUAAACUCGCACUCAAUUAAGAAUGGGUUGAUACUCCAGCCGGCAGAAGCGACCAAUCACUCGAUUCUACGCCGCCCCGGAACUACAAAACAAGAUUCCCCAAUUCGAGCCAUAGAGGUUUCCAUACAGCCUGGCGAAUAUAACGAAUCACGGACUAUCACUAUUCGUCCUGAACUUGAUAGGUGGAGAUGCGGUUCAAUCAUUCCCUUGAACCCGGGACAAACCAAUAUUCGCUUUGAGAUUAUUCCCCACCAGAAUUUUCUUCUAGCCCCCCACGGGUUGUGGGUCCAACACCCAGGUCACCAUCCUACUUCCCUAUCAAUCCCUCCUCCAGAAUCCAAGAGACGUUGCAUAUACGAAUUCCGAGCAACUCCUGGAAAGGAUAAUUACCUCGACUUCAUUUCCGAUAUGGUGGUUACCAACGGUCAGAAUAAGGAAUACAUUGAAAAGGCUCUUUUUUGGUUCAAUUUCGUUAUUGGCCCUCUUAACUAG